CGCCGCCGCCGUCGCCAUGGAGGCGCUGGGACCAGGGCCACCAGCCACUCUUUUCCAGCCACCGCGUCGGCCUGGCUUGGGAACAGUUGGAAAACCAAUUCGUCUGUUAGCCAAUCAUUUCCAAGUACAGAUUCCUAAAAUUGAUGUUUAUCAUUAUGAUGUGGAUAUCAAACCAGAAAAACGUCCCCGAAGAGUGAACAGGGAGGUGGUAGAUACUAUGGUGAGACACUUCAAGAUGCAAAUAUUUGGGGAUCGACAGCCUGGCUAUGACGGCAAAAGAAAUAUGUAUACUGCACAUCCUCUGCCUAUUGGAAGGGACAGGGUGGAUAUGGAGGUCACACUCCCUGGUGAAGGGAAGGACCAGACCUUUAAAGUGUCAGUUCAGUGGGUGUCUGUAGUCAGCCUUCAGCUGCUCCUGGAAGCUUUGGCAGGCCAUCUGAACGAAGUCCCAGAAGACUCUGUGCAGGCACUAGAUGUCAUCACACGCCAUCUUCCCUCUAUGAGGUACACUCCAGUGGGGCGAUCCUUCUUCUCUCCUCCUGAAGGAUACUAUCACCCGCUGGGAGGAGGUCGGGAGGUCUGGUUUGGCUUCCAUCAGUCUGUCAGGCCUGCCAUGUGGAACAUGAUGCUCAAUAUAGAUGUAUCUGCAACUGCUUUCUAUCGGGCUCAACCUAUUAUUGAAUUCAUGUGCGAAGUCCUGGAUAUUCAGAACAUCAAUGAACAAACAAAACCCCUUACGGAUUCCCAGCGUGUUAAAUUUACCAAAGAAAUCAGAGGUUUAAAAGUGGAGGUUACUCACUGUGGUCAAAUGAAAAGAAAAUACAGAGUUUGCAAUGUUACUAGACGACCUGCUAGCCAUCAAACGUUCCCUCUGCAGUUGGAAAAUGGGCAAGCUAUGGAGUGUACAGUAGCUCAGUAUUUUAAGCAGAAAUACAGUCUGCAACUGAAAUACCCACAUCUUCCAUGCCUCCAAGUAGGGCAAGAGCAGAAACAUACAUAUUUACCCCUUGAGGUGUGUAAUAUAGUUGCAGGACAGCGUUGUAUUAAGAAGCUAACAGACAAUCAGACAUCAACUAUGAUCAAAGCAACAGCACGAUCUGCACCUGACAGGCAGGAGGAAAUUAGCAGACUAGUCAAGAGUAACAGUAUGGUUGGUGGACCUGAUCCAUAUCUGAAGGAGUUUGGUAUUGUUGUCCAUAAUGAAAUGACAGAACUGACAGGCAGAGUAUUACCUGCACCAAUGCUGCAGUAUGGAGGUAGGAACAAGACUGUUGCUACACCAAAUCAGGGUGUCUGGGAUAUGAGGGGAAAACAGUUCUAUGCUGGGAUUGAAAUUAAAGUGUGGGCUGUUGCCUGCUUUGCACCUCAGAAACAAUGUCGGGAAGAUUUGUUGAAGAGUUUUACUGAUCAGCUGCGCAAGAUCUCUAAGGAUGCAGGGAUGCCAAUCCAGGGCCAGCCAUGCUUCUGUAAAUACGCACAAGGGGCAGACAGUGUGGAGCCCAUGUUCAAACAUUUGAAAUUGACUUAUGUGGGGCUGCAGCUAAUUGUAGUGAUUCUUCCAGGAAAGACACCCGUCUACGCUGAAGUUAAACGAGUCGGGGAUACUCUCCUGGGCAUGGCGACUCAGUGUGUUCAGGUGAAAAAUGUGGUGAAAACAUCUCCUCAAACUCUGUCCAAUCUUUGUCUAAAGAUCAAUGCAAAACUUGGUGGAAUAAACAAUGUCCUUGUACCACAUCAAAGGCCCUCAGUAUUCCAGCAACCUGUUAUUUUUCUGGGAGCAGAUGUCACUCACCCACCUGCUGGAGAUGGGAAGAAACCUUCCAUUGCUGCUGUAGUAGGAAGCAUGGAUGGCCACCCCAGCCGCUACUGCGCUACUGUGCGAGUGCAAACAUCCCGUCAAGAGACAUCACAAGAACUGCUGUACAGUCAGGAAGUGAUUCAGGACCUGACCAAUAUGGUGCGAGAACUGUUGAUCCAGUUUUACAAAUCCACUCGCUUCAAGCCCACACGGAUCAUUUACUACAGGGGAGGAGUAUCCGAAGGGCAAAUGAAACAGGUAGCUUGGCCUGAGCUUAUUGCAAUCCGGAAGGCCUGUAUCAGUUUAGAAGAAGACUACAGGCCAGGGAUCACUUACAUUGUCGUGCAGAAAAGGCAUCACACAAGACUCUUUUGUGCGGACAAAACUGAACGGGUGGGAAAAAGUGGAAAUGUUCCGGCAGGCACUACUGUGGAUAGCACUAUCACCCACCCGUCUGAAUUCGACUUUUACCUCUGUAGCCAUGCAGGAAUCCAGGGAACCAGCCGUCCUUCUCACUAUCAAGUCUUGUGGGAUGACAACUGUUUCACCGCAGAUGAAUUGCAGCUACUGACAUACCAGCUGUGUCACACUUACGUUCGAUGCACCCGGUCUGUCUCAAUCCCUGCGCCUGCGUAUUAUGCCAGGCUAGUGGCAUUUAGAGCAAGAUACCACCUUGUAGACAAAGACCAUGACAGUGCUGAAGGCAGCCACGUGUCAGGACAGAGCAAUGGCCGUGACCCUCAAGCACUAGCCAAGGCAGUACAGAUCCAUCACGACACCCAGCACACAAUGUAUUUUGCCUGAUAGAGACUCUGCAGCCACAUGGCAGGAGCGGCCUAGUUGGUCAGGCCACCAACCAUUAAUUGUCAGGGCUCGUUUUUUUUUUAAUUCAGGCUGCCCUCCACCAGCAGCUUGGGACAGUUGCACUGAAUUGAUACCUGCCACCAACAUCUUGUGCAGGCACAAUUGAGCCAUUUUUAUUUUUUUUUCUUUCCGUAAACAGAAAUUUCAUAAAACGGUCUUUGCAUUGGACUGAAUUUUUACCUCAAAACGCAAAAGGCUGAUCCUCUUAAAAAAAAUUUUUUUUAAAGGACUUGGCACGAAAGGUUUUUAUUGAAAUAUUUUGCUAACCAAUUAAUCAAUUUACGUUACCUCUUCAUCCCAUGUCAAGAAGAUGAAUUCCUGCUGGGCUUUUGACACACUGCUUAGUGAUUCUCCAGAUAUGGCAAAACAGGAUUCUGCUGUUUUUUUUCCUGUCUGGAGCCAUAUAGACUUGAUCAAUGAAUUUUUGGUGUAAAAAACACCUUUCAACAAACAUGGAUUUUCAGAGGUAUGGCUGUUCCUUUGGUUUUGUUUUUUAAUUUUUUCGCUUUGUCAAAUUUUGCUAGUUCCCUUUUUGUAAAUCUCUCUGCAGUCCUGGGCUGCAAAGCCAUUGCACUAUAACUGCGAAUUCAGCUUGGUGGUACUUCUGUGAAUGCGUAAUGUUAGCAGAGAAAAAUCCCCUUUGGCAGUUCUAAUACAAUUAUUAUUAUUAUUAUUAUUACGGUUACAACUGCCACCUUUUGAUUCAAAGUGCUGAACUGCUUCCCCUUCUAAAAAUAGGUAACCAGGUUCUGAACAAUUAGUUUUAGUAUUUUUCAAACAUCACAAAAAGUGCCCAUUUUAUGCUGCUAUGUUUGACAAAUUGAAGUCAUUUUUAAUACUCUUUUUCAUAGAAGGUUUUAACUUUGGCAAUAAUUUUUUUUAAAUAACCUGGCAGUAGCUUUUCUAGUCAGAAUCCAUUCUUGGGUAGAUUGACUUAUCUUUACUGAAGAGAAAAUUAAUUACUAAAAAUGGAUCAGAAGAGGCUCCCUUCAUGCUUUUUACAAAUGAUUAUUUUUAACUGUUUUAUAGUCACCAUUGUUCUGUCUACCCCUUUUUAUAAGCUUGGAAAGUGGGUGUUGUGUAUUGGAAAAAAGGCUUUGCCAAUUUGUACAGUUGUGUAUAGUGUGACAGUAGCAAUCAAAGACUUUUACCAGCAAUUUAAAUCCUGUUUCCUUUGAUGAUUUAGGUUUCUUGCAUGUACAGCGACACUCAGUAGCAUGUGUGAAGUGUGAAUUGUAAUGUUGAUCUUGAACUUUUUCUAUUAGGAUCCUUAUUUUGCUCGGUUCUCUUCCACUGAAACAUAUUAAUACCAAAAGUAGGAUGGGAGGGAGUUGUGCAGACAAUAAUAGUGUUGUGUUGAGACUAGCUUGUGAGUGUUAGCACACAAUGCUUUAAAUUCCUAGUUUUUGACUGAGUUGAUAUAGCCACCACUGUGGAAGACUGGGAUUUGGCCAAUAAUUGCACUCUGGAUUUCUAAUCAAAGGGUGGUAUCACAGAGUCUUGUGAGCUUUUCAAAUCCGGAUUUUCAAGUUGACAAUAUGAUACACCAUUUAGAUUGUCUUUCAGUGAAAUAGAGCUUCUAAUAACUUGGAAAAUGUACAUUUCCAAGAACAUUAUUCAGUUGUGUCAGAGUACACUGAAGUUAAGUCUUCAAAAAACAAACAAACAAAAAAAAGUUUUAUAUGCUUCUUCCAGAGCCGUGGGCGUGUCUGUGGGAAAGGGAAUAUGCAGUGUUUGUCCCCAUUCAGAAAAAUAAGUGAAGCAACUUAGUUCUGACGUCCAGAACUGAGAUAUUAGAUUGCUUAAGUCUAAGUAAGGGUUUGGGGUUUUUUUUUUUUGUUUUUUUUGUUUAACUUUUCCUUGAGAAUACCUCACUUGGAUAAUCAAUAUCAGGACACACAGGGAGGGAGAGUGGCCACUACUUUAGUUUGUCUGCUGCUUUUCUUUUCUUUUAAUGUUCAGGGAGAAAAUGCAAGAAUUUUAACUCCUGCUGACCCAAACAAACGGAGAACUGAGGCACCUUGAAAAGAGUUUUAAGCACCUGUUUUAAUGUGUAGCAUUUUUUUUUAUUGCACUAGGUAAGGACAUGGUUUGAGAGAAA